UUGUUGAAAGUGAAAGUGGGAAAAUUUUGGAUGUUUACGAUGUGCUUGAAUAAUUGUGUUUUUUGAGAAGAAACGGUUUCGGUUCAAAGACUCGCGAAGAAAGUUAUAGAAACUUGCAGAAAUAAAUCGCUGGAUUAGUGCAUUUGUUUUUUUGCGUUAAUUCAAUUUCUGCUAUGAAAAUUGUACCAACAUAUUUUAACAGUAAUAUUGCACACUAAUUAUUCUACUCAUAAUUUAGAAAUUACUUUAUUAAAGAAACGAGAUUCCGGCUUUUGAUUAAGUUACCUUGGCCUGUUUCUAACAAAAUUUUAAUUUUAAGGCAAUACUAAUAUAAUUAUAGUUCAUCAAUUAUUUAACGAUUUUUUACAUUAAUCUUAAUGUUAGUUAAUUACUAUUAUUUAGUACGUACUAAUGAACUAACUCUGCAACAAUAAUUGUUAAUAUUAGGUAUAUUGGUAAAUCAAAUUUGCAUUUCAGUAGCUACAUUCGUUACAUUUUAUUACUUUUUUAACAACUAAUAAAAAAAAAUUAUUUACUCAAAUCAAAUUCUAUAAAUGAUUUGAUAUGAUGAAGUUAUAGAAUUUUAACAUAAAGUAGGAUUAAGAUAAUUAUUUUACUUUAAAUAAGAUAUAACUGUGAGUGCGUAAUUAUAUUUAAUAUAUCUCUGAGUCAUUUUCGGAGUUAAUUAUCAUGAUAUGCUAGUGAUUAUUAUUGGCUAUGUACCUAUUAUUUAGAAAAUUUUAAUCCUAAUUUUUACCGUAGGUUAUACCUAAUAAUUUACUUGUUAUAAUUUAAAAUUAAACACCUUUCCUUGUUUCUCAUCUGCAGAAUUUGCACUCAAACAUCUAAUGAAAAUAUGAUAAAGAAGAUAAACAAUAAUACCCUACUGAUAUACGAAUAUUCUUUUUCUUUGGAUAUUUACUUGUAUUGAUCCUAAAAUUAUAAGUUAGAGUUAUGAAAAUUAGAGUAUGUACUGUAAAUAAAAUGUUAAAAGCUGGGUCUAAACUAUUGAUUUUGAGAACCUUAUAGAUUCAUAUCAGCUAUAUUUAGGUAAACAUCAUAAAACGAAUCAUUUAAUUUGGUGAACAACUUUUAAAUUUUAUGGUAGUGUCAAUCAGUAUAUUUUUAUUAAUUUUAAUUUUUUAAAAACCCAGCUAUUUUUUACUAGCUGCGCGUUUAUUCUAUUUGAUUAUUCUAUUAAUUUAUUUCUUUAACAGUAGGUCAUAUAAUUUACUAUGGAUAAUAGCCAAAAAUGUAUUUAUUUUUCAAAUGGGUUCCACAUACAGAUUUAUUUAAAUUUAACACCAAAAAAUUUUGGCUAACUAAAUAUAUAAAUACGCAUUGUUGCAUCAGCUUAAAUAAUUAUUAAAAUUAAAUGAAAAUUAAAUAUAAUUUUAAAUUUUGUUAGUGGAGUUCUCCGAGGAGUUGUAGCUCACAAUAUCGAUUAAAAAAGCCCAAAAACUGAAAAAUUUCUAAUUAUUAUAAAUAAAAUGUUGCUAAAACUUUUUUUUUUCUACGACUGCUAUGAAAAGUGUGAAAAAAACACUACUAACUACACUUGAAAUCAUUUACUCCAAAACUUUUCAUGAAUUCAGAACGCAUGUUAAUUCAAGUGCUAACAUGCUAAUUUUGUGUAUCUAGACAAGCUUUUCAGUCUCAGAAAAUCAUGAGUUUUGAGUGUUUUUUUGUGUAUUUGAUGCAAUCGUAGAAAAAGUAUAGUGUGCAACACGUGUGAAGGCACUUUUUAGUAAUAUUUUUUUUAAAUCAGUAAUACGAGUAAAAAGGUUGAAAAUCUCAACGUUAUUUAUAAUAAAUUUGACUGGGUGUCAUGUCAUAGCACUGAUAAAGUGAUAAAACCUAAUCGCCAUUGAAUCUUUGUAGUAGAAAAAUAUAAAGUUUCAUUUUUGGUAGAGGUACGAAUAAUUUGUGUUUUUGGGGGCUAAUUUAGAUUCUUUUACUUUUUUCGUGAAGUUGCUUUUUAUUUCUUUUACAUACAUAAAAUUUGUAUAUACAAAUAAUGCUAGAACAUAAUACUUUUUCCCACUAAUCUUAAUUGGUUUAAGACAGUUUUUCGUGAUAAAAGCUUUAAUUUUAAAUUGCUUGAAUUUGAUAGUUAAUUGAAAUUUACCAAAUAAAAACAAAGAAAAGUGAUAAUUGAAAUUAAAAUUGUUUUGACUUUAUCUUAUCAAUAUGAUAAAGCUUACAACAAAUCUGAUAAAGUCCACUAUGGUCUUGUAAUAAAAUACCAUGCGUUAGCUUAGUAAGACUAUAAGAAAUAAACUAUGGCACGAAGCGGCUUGCCGAACAUAAUUACUGGCGAAGGACUAGAUAUUUUGAAAUCUUUGGAUGCAAAUAAAUAUGCUACCAAGAAAACCAUAGCACAAGGACUCCUCGACGUUGCCUUACUCACUGCCAAUGCCUCACAGUUGAAGUAUGUUCUUCAAGUCGGGGAAAAACACGAGUUCUACGUAUUGAUGCUAACUCUGAUUAGCAUAUCCAUAGUUCUCCAGUUAAUCGUCGCUAUUUUGUUCGUGAUUAUUGGAGGCCUCAACAUUAACAAGCAACAUGACCAUUUCGCCGCUUUUAUUCUAAAUGACGUUAUUCUUAUUUUCAUUUUUUUAAUUUCCGUAAUCAAUAUUGUUAUUUCCGGUUUCGGGCUGGAAUAUUCAAAUCAACCACUAAGAUUAAUUUACGAACAUACCGAAGCUCCACCUCGCUUAUAAUAUCAUUAGCGAGUGCUUAAUGGGAUCACGCCAAAUGUCGAAUAAGAAAAUAUGUUAUUUCUGUAAUUUUACAAUUCUUGCCUAACACCAUUAUUUUUCCUUAGGUGACAGCAGCCUUGCUCUCAAUCGUGGUUUCAAUAAUGCAAAUAUACGAGGAUGAAAAAAUUAAAAACCUAAGUUGGAUAUUACAUCAUAUUUCUUUAGGUUUCGUGACCGGGGCUUUAUUUUGCGAUGUAAUCAAAAUGAAU